AUGGAGUACCUUCCUAGUCUCCAGCAAGAGUUCGAUGAACACAAACCAUCGCUCUUCGAACUACUUGCUGAACAGCAACUGUCUGACUUACUACCUCCAUCCAUCCGAUACCUACUCGCUGUCGCGACACACCGACACCCGCGGUACCUACUCCGGAUCCUCAAUUCAUAUGACGAGGUCUACGCCCUCGUCUCCCUAGUCGUCGAACGCUAUUAUCUCCGCACAUUCGGCGGCUCCUUCACAGAAAAUUUCUAUUCCCUUAAACGCGAGCGCGUUCUCCGCACAAAGAAUGGCGAAAUCCCGCGCGCCCAGGUUGGCGCCGGUGGCCCUGUGCGCGAUGCCCUCAAGUUACACUCCGCCGACGUGUGGAAGAACCUGCUUGUUAUGGUCGGAAUACCUUAUUUGAAACGCAAGCUUGAUGAAGGAUACGAUAUUCACGCAGCACCGCAAGCGUCCCUGGUUCUAGGUGGGGGACCGCGAUACAACCCCAGCGAUGAUCUGCCUCCGCACCCGACAGUGCGCCAGCGCAUCUUCCACUACUACAAGUGGUUCCUGCGCAACAUAUACCCUUCCGUGAACGCGGCAUAUUAUUUCUCGAUUUUGGCUUUCAAUCUCGCCUAUUUGUUCGAUAAUACGAAAUACUCAUCCCCCUUCCUUUGGCUCAUUGGAUCGCGCAUUCGCCGUCUCGGAGCCGCAGACCACCGUGCCAUUGCUGAGGUGCUGGACCCGAAGCCUGCGCUCGGUGGGAGCAGCAGAUCCCAGCGACCUGGAUCCGGCCUUAUGGGGCUUCUCAGUCCCCAGAAUCUGUCACCACCACUCCUCACUUCCCUACGCUACUUCCUUCCCGCAUCUAUCUUUGCUCUAAAGUUCUUGGAAUGGUGGCACGCAAGUGACUUCUCGCGGCAAUUGGCCCGUAAAGCCACUGAGGUUCUCGACCUACCUGCGCCUGUCGUCUCGGGCUUGACUAACCCGGCCGAGCGAAGAAGGUCCGGUCAAGAAGAAAAGGAGAAGAAGCAGGCUGAAGAGAAGAAACCUGCCGGAGAUCUCAAAUCUGCUCUAAAACCAGCCCGUCGCCAGAAACACCCCAUCUCUGCUACUUCAUACCUCCCCAUAUUUACUGUUCCCUUACCACCAGCAGACACUUCAAGCGCGAAUACUUGUCCCGUUUGCUUGAAUACCCUUGUCAACCCGACAGCCUGUCAAACAGGAUAUGUGUUCUGCUACGUGUGUAUCUUUCAUUGGAUCAAUGGCGAACACCAACGCCAGUUGGACUUCAUGAACGGGGAGGGAGCCGGUGCUGCCUGGGAAGAGGAAAUCAUGGGCGACGAUGAUGAGAAGAACUCAGAUGAAGCUGAGGGAGAGAAGGGCUCUCGUAAGCGUGGCGGGAAAUGGGAAAGUGGCAAAGGGAGAUGCCCUGUUACUGGCAGGAGAGUCCUUGGUGGAACUGAGGGCUUGCGACGUGUGCUAAUCUGA